AUGGAGGAGAAGGGAAGUGUGUUGAUGGGAAAAUACGAUCUCGGGAGGUUGUUAGGUCAAGGAAGUUUCGCCAAAGUUUACUAUGGAAGACUUCUUCAAACGGGAAAGAGUGUGGCCAUUAAGGUUAUCGAUAAAGAAAAAGUAUUGAAGGCCGGGUUGAUUGAUCAGACAAAACGAGAGAUAUCUGUUAUGGGAUUGGUCAAACACAAAAAUGUGAUGCAACUUUACGAAGUUAUGGCUACCAAAACAAAAAUUUACUUUGUAAUGGAAUACGCAAAAGGUGGAGAGCUUUUUCACAAGGUUGCAAAGGGAAGGCUUAAUGAAGCUAGUGCUCGGAAAUACUUUCAACAACUGAUCACUGCUGUUGGUUUUUGCCACAGCAGGGGUGUUUAUCACCGUGAUUUGAAACCCGAGAAUCUUCUGCUGGACGAGAAUGGAGAUCUUAAGGUAUCUGAUUUUGGAUUGAGUGCGCUCACUGAGUCCAAGCGCCAGGAUGGAUUACUCCACACAGCAUGCGGUACUCCAGCGUAUGUCGCUCCCGAAGUGAUUAGCCGAAAAGGCUAUGAUGGGUCAAAAUCCGACAUCUGGUCUUGUGGGGUGAUCUUAUUUGUUCUACUUGCCGGUCAUCUUCCAUUCUACGACUCGAAUCUGAUGGAGAUGUAUAAGAAGAUAAGCAAGGCCGAGUAUAAAUUCCCUAAUUGGUUUCCACCAGAAGUACGAAAGUUGCUAUCACGGAUCCUUGAUCCUAAUCCCUAUACUAGGAUUUCCAUAUCCAAGAUUAUGCAAAACUCCUGGUUCAGAAAAGGUCUCAAAUCCAGACAAUCAAGGACUAAAGCAGAAGAUGUGGAAAAGAUCCCGCUCGACUUUAAUUCCAAUUCUGGUUCUCCUGGGAACGAUAUUCUGACAGAUACGAAGCUGGAGGUGGCAAAACCUACUAACCUGAAUGCAUUUGACAUUAUAUCCCUCUCGACUGGAUUUGACUUGUCUGGUUUGUUCGUGAGCAAUGACCAAAAAGACGAGGUGCAAUUUACUUCUACAAAGCCGGCUCCUGCUAUCAUAUCAAAACUAGAGGAUAUUGCAGGGAGCCUAAAGUUGAAGGUGAAGAAAAAGGAUCAAGGGUUCAUGAGACUGGAGGGCUCGAGCGAGGGUAUAAAUGGGACUUUGUUCAUUGACGUGGAAAUAUACGAAAUCACUUCAUCAUUCCAUUUGGUAGAGGUGAAGAAGUCAAGUGGGGACUCAGUAGAUUAUCAGAAGAUGUUGAGACAGGACAUAAGGCCAGCUCUUAGGGAAAUUGUCUGGGCUUGGCAAGGUGAGCAACAGCAGGAUCAUUAG